CUAAAAUAAAAGAUUUCUAUUAGUUUAAAUGCUUGUAUCUUGAGAGACAAUUAAGAGAUAAGUUAGCUAUAAAUAAUAUCGCACGUGCUAUCAGUACUACUACGUACGUACGGUGGGCAAUAUGCCGUAUCGUGCCAACAAACCCUUGGCCCCCGCAGUAGAUAUACCUUCGACCUCCGCCAAACCCCGAUCAAAGUGAGAAGUGCAACAAUUAAUAUAACCCCCUUGAAACAAGAAUACUUGAACUAUGGCGUUCCCCAACAUUUACACCCACAGGAAAGUGGCAGAUACAGCAUCAAAGCCAUGUGAUAUCUGCUUCAAACCGAGCACCAGCGUGCUCGUUGUCCCUGAAAACAAGGACUUCUUUUUCGUUUGCCCUGGCCAUUUGAAGGAUAAGGGCUUCUGCACUCCUAUCAUAGAUGAAGCUGCAGUGGCUGCCAAGAAGAAGAGGGAGAUUGAGGACGAGGUAGAGAGGGUUAAGAAGGAGUUUGAGGAGAAGCAAAAGAAGAAGAAGGAGAAGGAAAAAGAGAAGGAGAAGGACAAGGACAAGAAAGACGAAGAUAAAAAGGAGAAGGGCGAAGAGAAAAAGGAGAAGGGCGAAGAGAAAAAGGACGACGACACGAACAAGCCAGACACUACAUCACAAGAACCCGAAGAAGAACCCCGAGUCUUCGCUCUCCAAAAGGCCUUCUACCGAAAACGCCUUGACCGCAAGCGAGCAGGGGAAAUCGCAAAACGCAAUCGCGAACGUUUCCAAAACCCAAACCUCUUCCCCAGCGUUCCCAAAGACAUCCGCUGA